CGUUUUCCGACAUGCUCGGCCUAGCGGUUUAGCUAACGGCACGCACCGAUAAAUACUGCCACACGCCCAUUUCCACGUCGUCGUUUCUGGCUGUACAAUCCAUUUUUCUGGAACAACUCCAAAUGGCUAACAACAAGUCAUUGAAUCGUCUUUUAUGGAAUUUCUUUGUGCAUCAUGAUUCACCGUUGAAGAAGAGACGAGAGUUGUAUCAAGGAGUACUCUACAAUGUUAUCAAGCGGUUUCAUUCAAGGUUACCAGAAUCAGGCAAGGAGUUAGAAGAUUCACAUAGUUCUGAGUUAGAGAAUAGAAGACGAGCUGAAUCAGGAAUCGAGAGUGAUAGCUCUGGUGAUGAAGAUACAACAAGUGAUGGAAAGUGGAAACUAGACUUAGCUUGGCUCACUAGAGCACUUGAACCUGCUACUCAACUUCGUAGAUGGGCUCUUCCUACAGGAGAGAAAUCACAGCCUGGUAGUAGAUCUUUAUCUGAGAUCAUUGCUAGUAUUCAAAAGAGUAAGCUAGGGAUUGAAGGUUGGACUCUCGGUGAUCUUACAAUCGGUCUCUAUCUUAUCUACCUUAGACAAGCAUCCUUGUCUCCCUUUGAGGACGUCAAGGGAGUUCAAGUUGUUUCAGAAUCAACCGUUUCUGAUCUCAUAUACAACGCCGAGUUAGCCAAAGGCUGUUACAGGGAUAGUGUGAGUGGUCUUGCGAAGAACACCAUGCUCCGAGAGAACAACAUUCUUAAAUUUGUGAAAGAUUCAAGUGUUAUGAGACCUGGUUACUACGUGGGAGUUGAUCAUCGGAGGAAGCUUGUAGUCUUUGGGAUACGCGGGACGCAUACUAUCUAUGAUAUUAUUACUGAUAUUGUCUCUUCAAGUGAUGAUGAGGUCACGUUUGAAGGAUACUCGACGCACUUUGGAACCGCUGAAGCUGCACGGUGGUUUCUUAAUCACGAGUUGCAAACUAUAAGAAGAUGCUUAGAGAAAUACGAGGGAUACAAGUUAAGGCUUGUUGGUCAUUCUUUGGGAGGUGCUAUAGCUUCUUUAAUGGCGAUUAUGCUGAGGAAAAUGCCAAGAAAGGAGCUGGGAUUCGACCCUGAGAUCAUUUCAGCUGUUGGAUAUGCGACACCUCCUUGUGUUUCCAGAGAGCUUGCAGAGAACUGCUCUGAGUUUGUGACAACUAUUGUUAUGCAGGAUGAUAUUAUACCUAGACUGAGUACAGCUUCCCUAGCGAGAUUGAGAAAUGAAAUACUUCAGACCGAUUGGACAAGUGUGAUUGAGAAGGAAGAGUGGAAGAGCGUGUUAGACUUGGUAACAAACGCUAAACAAGUCGUCUCCUCCGUGCAAGACGCAGCUCGUAAAGUUUCUGAGUAUGCAAAUUUUGGAAACAAGAACGAUUAUCCUGAACUUCCUUCACCCAAGAACCAUCAGUCUGAUUCUUUGAGCACUGAAACUACAACUAAAGAUGUUGUUAAGUUACCAGAAGAGUUGUAUGUACCGGGGGAGGUAUACUAUCUAAUGAGGAACGUAAGAGGAAACAAAAAAAGCUCAGCAGGGAAGAAAGUAGAAUACUUUAAUCUAUGGAAGAGAGAUCCAGGACAACAUUUUCAGAGGAUACUUCUCUCAGGUAAUUUCAUUACAGAUCAUAAAUGUGAUAGCCACUACUACGCUCUGCGAGAUGUUCUCAAAGGGUUUCCUGGUUUCGUCGACGAAAGCAUUUUUAACAAGAGAUCUAAGUGAUCUCAUCUCUGGUUAGAACACAAUGUUUUUAUUUUGUCUGUGAACUUUUUUUUUUUGUCAACAGCAAAAAAUUUAAAGAAUUAGUUAUCAGUUUACUACAGCUUGAAGAGUGUGUAUGGUUCAAUGAUAACAGUUUGUCAGCAAACACUUAUAAGAAUAAAAUAUCAGUUUAUC